AUGUGGUCUACCCUGCGCCAGACCCAUGCAAAGCUGAAAACUCGUUCGAAUGACUUGCAGAAGAUCAGUCAAGAGAUGAAAGAGCUGAAGAAGAAGCAAGACGCCAUCAAGAGAGAAGUAGAGAACUUGGAAAGGGAAAUGGAUGCUACGUCGGUACACAUCGUCUUUAAAGAAGCGCCAGCCCUCAUGGAGCCUUUCCUCACUCGACUGCCUCGAGAGAUACGUGACCUUGUCUAUGAGUAUGUCUGCGUUCAUCCAGACACCAUACAGAUUGCUCUUCCUGGACAGCCUGGUUCUCGGACAGACCCAUCGGUUGUUGGAUCGGGUGGCCAACUAAUGGAUGUGUCAUACCUGUCAAAUUUGGAGGUCGUACCUACCGAGCUGUCCGAGACAUAUUGGUCGAAGAACCGUUUCGUAAUCAGAGUCGUGCCUAGUGACAAACCGUUUUGGAGGGUGUUUGUGCGCCCGUGGGAGCAAAUUCGUCAUCUGAAAAUAUACCUGGCAUGCGAACAUUGGGAAUCUGACACGCGCUACGGGCAAGACAAGAUGAGUGACUACUACAAACCAGCAUACGGCCUCGGUGACGACUCCACAUUCGCGCAGGCUGCCGUGUCUAAACAAGAGGCUCAGGUUUAUCCUCUUACUCGACUGAAAGGCCGACAGGAGCUUCACAUCGAGAUCGAGAUACAUACCAUGUUCGCCAAGGAUGGCGCUGAUGUUCAACAAUCCGAGCGUCACUUCGUUAACAUCAUGGAGAGCAUUCGGCAAACUGUGUGCGAUCUGAUAGACUCCGGCGUCCAUGUCACGGUCAUAUCGAGCAACGUCGACUAUAACGAAGUGUCUAGGGGGCCUAAAACAUGGGACAUUACAUCUCGCUUUGUCCUAGACACAAACGAGUGGCGCAGUAAGGAAAAGGAUCAAAUCGAAGCGCGAGACAGGGAGACCGGCUACUUCGGGCAUCCGCAAGCUGCGAUGUACCAGUGUGUUCCUGAAGCAGCCCUUGCUGAUAUGGACGGUUUCCGUGAGCUACUGUUGCGUCGUUGGAAGGUGCGAUAUGCUCUGCCCUGGAUGGAAGAAGAACCAGAAGUUCAAUAG